CACAACUGGAUUUGCCUUAUCCAGAUAUUCCUCCUCUUUCUUACACACAAAGCUACAUAUUUCUCUCAUUUGAUUGCAAAAAUAAUCUUAAGAAAUGGCCAAGAGAGAGAUGGAAGUGGUGAAGGGUUUGGACGUAGAAAAAUACAUGGGAAGAUGGUACGAAAUAGCUUCAUUUCCAUCAAGAUUUCAGCCCAAAAAUGGUGUCAAUACAAGAGCCACCUACACUCUGAACCCUGAUGGAACUGUACGUGUUCUUAAUGAGACAUGGACUGAUGGCAAAAGAGGGUUCAUUCAAGGCACUGCAUGGAAGGUUGAUCCCAAAAGUGAUGAGGCAAAACUCGAAGUCAGAUUCUAUGUGCCCCCGUUUUUGCCUAUAAUUCCUGUCACUGGGGACUACUGGGUUUUGUAUAUUGAUGAUGAUUAUCAGCAUGCUUUGAUUGGCCAGCCCAGUAGGAGAUAUCUUUGGAUAUUGUGCAGGCAGCCCCAGCUCGAUGAGGAGACAUAUAAUAUGCUUGUACAAAAAGCUAAAGAUGAAGGGUAUGAUGUUGAGAAACUCCACAAGACACCACAGGCUAAUCCUCCACCAGAGAGUGAAGAUGCACCUAAGGACACCAAAGGAAUUUGGUGGAUUAAGUCCAUUUUUGGGAAGUGAUUAAGAAGCAGAUUAACUAUAAAAUGAAUUAAAUGUGUGUAAGAAAUAUAAAAAAUUAUGGUCAGAGCCCUAUCCAAACUUCAUGUGAACGACGUGUUUGGUUGGUCACUUAGACAAUAAAGAAUAGAAGUGAAAAUCUUGCUUAUUAUAUCGUCUGAUUGUGUUUGGCACAAAAGGUAUUGUAAAUUAUAUAAGUAUUCUCUCUUUGAUCUUUGUAGAUUAUGAAGUCAAGUGUGUUUUAUUAUGCAUUUUGGAUUGUCCAUGUGAAGUUUGAAUGAGAAUUUCCAAUUGUC